UUUCGGGGCGAUGCCGGGGGCAGUAUCGACGGCCCGAGGGGGUACCGGGGAAGGGGAGGCGGCCCCGGGGGCGAUCCCGGAGGCGGUACCGCGGAUCUGGGGACGAUCUCGGGGGCGGUCCCGAGCCGGUUCCGGUCUCCCCGCUGGCGGUCGCGAAGAAGACUCCGGGGCACUCCCUCGGCGCGCGGCCGGGGCCGGUGCUGGGAGCCCCGGGCGGUGCCAAAGGCGGUCCCGGUCUCCCGGCGGGUGGUCCCGAAGACUCCGGGGCACUCCCUCGGUGAGGGGCCGGAGCCGGUGCCGGGAGCCCCAGGCGGUGCCAAGGGCGGUCCCGGGGCGGAGCCGAUCGCGAUUGCGGUGCUGGUGCCGGUGUCGGGGCAGCGACGGAGCCCGGGGCAUGGCGGGCCUGGGCGCCUCGGAACCGGGCACCGGACCCAGUCCCGUCCCGGCCACUCGCGUGGAACUCACGGUGUCCUGCAGGCAGCUCCUGGACAGGGACACCUUCUCCAAGUCGGACCCAAUCUGUGUGCUGUACACGCAGCGCCCUGGCAGCCACCAAUGGCGGGAGUUUGGCCGGACCGAGGUCAUCGACAAUUCCCUGAAUCCUGACUUCCUGCACAAGUUUGUCCUCGAUUAUUGCUUUGAGGAGCGGCAGAAUCUGCGCUUUGACCUGUAUGAUGUGGACUCCAAGAGCUCUGACCUCUCCAAGCAUGAUUUCCUGGGCCAGGCAUUCUGCACCCUGGGGGAGAUCGUGGGCUCAGCCGGCAGCCGCCUGGAGAAGCCCCUGACGAUGGGGACAGCCACCACGCACCCCCGGGGCAGAAGACCUGCCCCGGCUGCCUCCCAUGGUGGCAUUCCGGGGAAGAAGUGCGGCACCAUCAUACUCCUCGCUGAAGAGUUGGGAAACUGCCGGGACGUGGCCACACUCCAGUUCUGCGCCAGCAAGCUGGAUAAGAAGGAUUUCUUUGGAAAAUCUGACCCCUUCAUGGUCUUCUACCGCAGCAACGAAGACGGGACUUUCACCAUCUGCCACAAGACGGAAGUGGUGAGGAACACACUGAACCCUGUCUGGGCAGCCUUUGCCAUUCCUGUGCGUGCCCUCUGCAAUGGGGACCAUGACCGAGCCAUCAAGGUGGAAGUAUAUGACUGGGACCGUGAUGGCAGCCAUGACUUCAUCGGGGAGUUCACCACCAGUUAUCGGGAGCUGGCACGAGGCCAGAGCCGCUUCAAUGUGUACGAGGUGGUGAACCCCCGGAAGAAGAUGAAGAAGAAGAAGUACCUGAACUCGGGGACAGUGACACUGCUGUCCUUCGCUGUGGAGGCUGAGCACACCUUCCUGGACUACAUCAGGGGCGGGACCCAACUCAACUUCACAGUGGCCAUAGACUUCACGGCAUCCAAUGGGAACCCCUCACAGCCCACGUCCCUGCACUACCUGAGCCCCUUCCAGCUGAAUGCCUACAGCCUGGCACUGAGGGCUGUGGGGGACAUCAUCCAGGACUACGACAGUGACAAAAUGUUCCCAGCCCUUGGCUUUGGUGCCAAGGUCCCCCCGGAUGGGCACGUGUCCCACGAGUUCCCACUGAAUGGGGAUGCAUCAAACCCGGCGUGCCAUGGCAUUGCGGGGGUGCUGGAGGCAUAUCAGCGCAGCCUGCGCCAUGUCCAGCUCUACGGCCCCACCAACUUUGCCCCUGUCGUCAACCAUGUUGCCCGCUCAGCGGCCACGGUGCUGGACGGAUCCCAGUACUUUGUCCUCCUCAUCAUCACCGAUGGUGUCAUCUCUGACAUGGCCCAGACCAAGGAGGCCAUUGUCAAUGCUGCCAAAUUGCCCAUGUCCAUUAUCAUCGUGGGGGUUGGCCAGGCCGAGUUUGAUGCCAUGGUGGAGCUGGAUGGGGAUGACAUCCGCAUCUCUUCCCGUGGCAAAGUGGCUGAGCGUGAUAUCGUCCAGUUUGUUCCAUUUCGUGACUACAUGACGGGGGGUCCUGGUGCGGGGCUGAGCAUGGCAGGGCUGGCACGAGAAGUCCUCGCUGAGAUUCCCGACCAACUCCUCUCUUACAUGAAGGACUGUCGUGCCCCUCAGAAAAGUAGCAGGGGGUCUUCAGCAGCCUGACCAGAAAGCUGGGGUGCGCAGGAGCCUCCACCAAAUGUGGAGUGCCCCCCUAGCGUGAUGCAUGACCCCUCCUCACCUCACCAGCCUCCCCAAAUCCAUGGUUCUCCUGUAUUACCUGGGCUGAUCCUACUGGGGUCCCCAGUGUUUUGGUGUUCUCCCUUGCUGUGUCACCUGUGUCCAUGUGGGUUUGUAUUGAGUUGCCUUAAAUCGCAAUAAAUUAUUG